ACGAAUUCCACUUUCCAAAGGUGUUCAAUCUUCACAUAUCAUUUACAUGCAAAUAAGGAUGAAGUACUUUACAUCUGUCAUUCUUUUAUUAAUAGCCGCUUCGAUUGGUGUGACUGUUGAUGCUAUUGCUAUUAACGCUUCUACUAAUGCGAAUGUUGGAAUUUCGUAUGAUCAAGCGAUACGCCAUGAUUAUUUGCGAAAAUUAGUUUUCAACCGAUCAGAUGGCCUUCUUCUUUUCAGCUACCAUGCAAUCACACAUCCGGCUCAGCCAAAUUACAUUGCCACAAUUUGUGGUGACACACGUGACAUAACAUAUGGUGUUCGCAAUAUUGGUGGACCCAGUAUAGUCGACCUUCUUGAAAAAAAUAAAUCACUUGGAAAGCUUAUAUGGAAGACUAUCGAUAUUAAUUUGGUUUCGGAUUUUUUAUUCAUUUUACCCUAUCAUUUUAUAGCUGGCGAUUGUUACACCGAAGAUGAAUAUAUACCUCCGGGCAAAACUUCUUCGAUAUACGAUAGGAAAUAUAAUCCUUUCAUUUCAAUGUCUGACAUAAACACUGAUCCGGUUCUUUGUCCGAAAAUAGUUCCUGGCAGUCAACUUGAUACAGACAUAAUGGGAAUAAAUGGACGUACCACUGGUCUAAACUAUGCAAUGACUUGGUUUGAAGAUUGGUUUGAAAACAAGCUUAAUAAAACAGCCUUUACAAAAAAUACAUUAUUUUUAAUCACUUUUGAUGAAGAUGAUCGUUCUGGUGACAAUCACGUUUUCGCUGGUCUUUACGGUUCUCCUGUUAAACCACCUACCUCUCAUGAAGACAUUCCUACUUACAAUCAUUACUCUUUCAUGGCUACCGUAGAGGAAAAUUGGAGUUUGGGAGAUUUGGGCAGAAACGAUACCACUACGAGUCCGUUUACUGAUUAUCUGCAUGAUAAACAAAUUUUAAAUGUUGAAAAUAAACCAGAUGUAAAUGUUGGAAAUAAUAGUGUAAAGGUUGAAAAUAAACCUGAUGUAAAUGUUGGAAAUAAUAGUUUAAAUGUUACAGAAAAUGAAGAUGCAACUUAUGGAUAA